UCUAUGCCUUUAUAGUUCCACAAUUCUAAUUCUAAGAAAGGUUCUGGGUUGGUCUCCUGAUGGGCUCUGGCCGGGGUCCUGGCGUGUUUGCCCUCGGCAAUCAGGGGGCUGUCCUGGGCUGCAGGGAACAACCCCACCAUGGGGAACAGUUCUAUCCUGGGGAUUAUCAGAACAGGGACUACCACCAAAGGGACCAACGCCACUACAGAGACCACCGUGGGGAACAAUGCCAUCACAGAGAACAAUGGCACCCCGGCCAGCAACUCCAUUCUGGGGAACAGUGCUACCACGGGGAACAACAGCACAUGGGACUACAAAAUCACCUUAGAGACCAAACAUGUCUUGGGGAACAACGCUACCAUGGGGAACAACAAUGCGGUUACAGGGAACAAUGCCAUCACAGAGACCAAAAUCUUGGGGAUCAGCAAUAUCAUGGGGAACAGUACCAUCGCAGAGAUCCAUAUCUACCUGGGGAGCAAAACCCGGGUGACCAACAGUACCAUGGGGAGCACUACCGUCGCAGGGACCCUGCGGAACAAGAGCUCAGAGAGCAGCGCUUCCAUGGGGAACAAUGUCACCACCGGGAACCAAACCUUGCAGAACAAGAAUAUCUUGGGGAAUAUCACCACCGACAGGCAAGCCCCGGGAAACAGCGAUAUCUUGGGGAGCCAUUCCAUCACCGAGACCCAAGCCACGGAGAGCAGCGGUACCUCGGAGACCAGUUCCACCACCGGCACUCGAGUCACGCAGAACGCUACCUGGGGGACCAACGCCAUCACCCCAGAGACCGUUUCCGCGGGGACCGGCACCCAGGAGAGCGUCUCCAUGGGGACCAGCACACCCUUGGGGAACAGCAUCUUCUUGGGGACCAGCGCCACCACAGAGAGCAAAAUCCUGGAGAAUAUCAUCACAGAGAACACUGCCGUGGGGAACAGUUCCACCACCGAGAGCCAUGCCAUUCUGGAGAGCAGACUUACCACAGAGAACCCCGGCAUGGGGAGCAAAAUUUCCGAGAACGUCACUCUGGGGAAAGGCACCACAAGGAGCAGUGUCUCCACGGGGACCAGCGGAGACACCUUGGGGAACAAUGCUACCAUGCUUCCACUCUUGGGGAGCAAUGUCACCACGGGGAGCGCCAACACAGGGAGCAAAACCUUGGCGAAGACUAUCAGCCCUUUGGAGGAAGACACACGGUGCCGGGAUUCUGGGAUAAACGAAACAGCACUGUGCCGUGGUGAGCUCAGCUCUGGAGAAAGUGCCGAAGACAUCAGCCUAAGGGAUUUUAUCUGCCAAAAGAGAGCCCAAGGGUUACCGCUGAACAGAGGAGAAGUAGACGUGAGAUUAAGCAGGGCCAAGUGUAAAGAUCAAGGGAUAAUACAGACCUUGGCCCUGAUUUUUAGCUAUGUCAACCUCACAGAACUCCAAGACAUCCUUGUCCAGCUGAAUGGCUCUCUCUGCCACGCUGCCACUAGGAAAGCUUUGUGGACCCUUAUGCUACAGGGACGACUGGAUUUUAAGGAUGCCCCAUCCCUGCGCUGGUGGUUCCAGGGUCUCCUCCAGCCCUUUCUGACAUCACUAUCCAGAGAUGAACGAUGCUUCCCCCUCAAUACCCUGAACUGCAAACAAUACCAGGCUUUGUAGGUUUGCUAGACACUGGAUUCUUUUUCCAUCUUCCCAGAACCCAGAUGGGGAGGCUAAUCAAAAUCAACAACUUUAUUUCCCCCAACA